CGCAAUCCGCCUAGUAGCUAAAAUGCGUCUAGAAUUCCUCCGAUGAGGAGAACUGGAGGAGAAAAAGGCAAGGAGGGAGGUCUGUCGUCUUCCCUUCCCGCCUCCUUCCCUCUCCCUACGUCUUUGGCAGGGAUUUUCUUGCAGCAAGCAGUUCCAUGCUAGAGGUCUCCACCGAGCUGCUCAAGUCGGAACUGGCUGCAUAGGAAGCUUGCUCUUUCUUUUGUGCAUCACCCAGUGAACUCGCUGCAAGUAAGAGCCCUGCAGCAUUCAGGUCCGGAUUUCCAUCCGUAACAAAGACGCAGCACCCGUCCUCUAUUUUCAGAAAGCGCGGAGGACAAGAGAGGAGGAGGAAAUUCGUGCGCCACGUCCCUGGCCUUCCUGCUCUCUCCCUUUCUCCUUGGCGGAAAGCAGAUGAAAAGAGAAGGAAGGUGAUGCAGACAGUGGGGAAAAAUCUUUGAGUUUGGGGGUACCGCUGCAGCAGCGCUGAUUACAAUAGAACAUCUGCAAAGCCAUUGUUUCGGCCUCAGGACUCACGGGAUCAGCCUCAGUGGCUCAUCCUCGCCGAUUCCCGCCUUAAAGUCUGGCGACGGUCGCUUCCCGCCCUCACCAGCGUCGGUCUCUUGGAAAACAUCCCCUUGGUCUCCUCACCCCUCCGUUUUCUCCCCUCCCCUUGAUUCUCUCUCACUCUGCAGUACAGUAUUAUCUUUGAGAGGUCAGCCUUUCUUUGCUUACAGCUGAGUUUUGGAUGUUUGCGGAGUAGAGUUCAUGCUAAGCGCCGACAGGAUGGAAGAGUUUCAGAGUGAGGAGGAGGAACCCUGGUACGACCAGCAGGACUUGGAACAAGACUUGCAUUUAGCAGCAGAAUUAGGGAAGACGCUGCUGGAGCGCAACAAAGAGCUGGAGGAUUCUCUGCAGCAAAUGUACACCACCAACGAGGAACAAGUACAAGAGAUAGAGUAUUUGACAAAACAGCUGGAAAUGUUGCGGCAUAUGAACGAACAGCAUGCUAAAGUUUAUGAACAGCUGGAUUUAACAGCACGGGAUCUAGAACUGGCCAAUCAGAAGCUUGUGCUAGAGAGUAAGGCAUCCCAGCAGAAGAUACAAUGCCUGACAGAAACUAUUGAGGGACUACAAAAUCAAGUUGAUGAGCUACAAAAACAAGUGGAAGAACUGCAGAGCUUAGACCAGCUGCGUGUCCGCCGAGAAAAAAGAGAAAGGCGUCGAACCAUCCACACAUUUCCUUGUCUCAAGGAAUUAUGCUCAAGUCCCAGAUAUGAGGAUGCAUUCCAGAUCCACAGCUCUUCAAUGGAGUUCAGCCAGAUGCCCUUGGAACGAGAGAAUGAGCGACUGCAAGCAAUGGUAAAUUCUCUCCGGUCCCAAGUUAAUCAGGAGAAGCAGCGAAAGGAGAGGGUGGAGAGAGAGUACACAUCAGUCAUUCAGGAGUACUCAGAUCUUGAGCAGCGAGUGUGUGAGAUGGAAAGCUGCAAACUGCGCAUUAAAGAAUUGGAAACUGAAUUAUUGGAACUCCAGCAGAUGAAGCAAGUCAAGAAGUAUCUCCUCAGUAGAGAGGACAACCUGUCAGAAGCACUUCUGGAGCCAUUAAACAAUGCCCCUGAAGCUGACUACAUUGACCUUUCAGAGGAAGAUGGGAGGAAAAACCAUGAAUCCUCCAUGGCAGCUUCUCCGAACCAUCCUGUCCGGAAAAGCUGUAGCGACACAGCCCUCAAUGCCAUUGUAACCAAGGAUGCUGUGAGCCGCCAUGAAGGCAACUAUACUCUCCAUGCCAACAAUGUACGUAAGAGGGGAAUGUCAAUCCUGAGGGAGGUGGAUGAGCAAUACCACGCCCUGCUGGAGAAGUAUGAGGAGCUUCUCAGUAAGUGCCGUCAACAUAAGGACAGUGUACGCCAUGCCGGUGUCCAAACCUCUCGCCCCAUCUCUCGUGACAGCUCCUUUAGAGAUUUCCGGGGGGAGGGUUAUGAGUUGGAAGAGCUCAAAACAAUGGAGAAGAGCCUUAGCAAACAUGUGGAAGCUGUAGACAAGCGGCUAGAGCAGAGUCAGCCAGAAUAUAAGGCUCUGUUUAAGGAGAUCUUCUCUCGAAUCCAGAAGACAAAAGCAGACAUCAAUGCCACCAAGGUGAAAAAAAAGACCAGUAAGUGAAUCUUCCCUCUUUGCCUGCACCUUCAGCCUCCUACUCUUCUUUUUAGCCCCAGGAAAAAUUGCCUGGGCUCCUGCCUUUGUGCUCUGGAAGCUUCUUUCAUUUGACAGCUUGCACAGAAAGGGAACCUGUUGGAGUGCUUCAAAAUCAGCAAGAACCGAAGUCACAUUCUUUAAGUUGAUAUUCCAAGCUGUCUGGCUCUCUGAAUCUGCUGCAGAAGCUAUAUGUUGUAGUUGUAGUUGGUAUCUAAGAUUUUAUGAGGAUUUUUUUCACAUCAUGCAGCAGCCAGAAUGCUUAAACAGGAAAUCAGGCCAACUAACCACAGCUUCACCUGUUGCCACAGUCACUGUUCACUUUUCUGCAUGGAACACAGGAUCAAGCUUAGAUUCCUUACUAUGACCUGGAGGGUCCAAAAUA